UUGUUUAUAAUUUCAAAUUCCGUGAUUCCUUCAUCACAAGUAUUCACGACAGAGCAAACACCACUUUCUAAACAUGGCUGACCCUGGUACAACUGUCGUUAUUGAUAAUGGAUCGGAUACGAUCAAAGCUGGAUUUUCUGGAGAUGAUGCCCCAAGGAACAUUUUUCCAUGCCUUGUGGGAAAACCAAGGCACAGGGCAAGAUUUUUUGCAAAAAGUAAAAAGGACAGUUUUGUUGGACAAGAAGCGCAGCGGAAAAGAAAUAUACUCUCUGUAAAGAGUCCCAUUGAGAAUGGCAUAAUUACAAACUGGGACGACAUGGAACUGAUCUGGAAUCACACUUUUCUAAAUGAGCUGAGAGUUACACCCAAAGAGCAUCCAGUAUUGUUAUCUGAGGCUCCGAUAAAUGUGAAAGUCCAUCGCGAGAAACUGGCUCAAAUUAUGUUUGAGACCUUCCACUCUCCCGCUUUACAUAUAGGCAAUCAGGCUGUGUUGUCACUGCAUCACUAUGGUAGAACUAGUGGUGUAGUAUUGGACUCCGGAAAAUGUGUAUUCCAUGCCGUGCCCAUCAACGAAGGCCGUGUAUUUUCCAAUACAAUACUACGUUUGAAUAUGGCGGGCAAAGAGUUAACACGCUACCUUUCUAAACUGUCUACGAAACGUGGAUAUUCUUUUACAUCGUCAAUCGACUUUGAAACCAUGCGUAAUAUAAAAGAAAGUCUUUGCUAUGUUGCGCUUGACUUUGAACAAGAAAUGACAAAUAAAUCAGAGAAAACCUAUGAACUCCCUGAUGGACAAGCCGUCACUUUAGGCGAUGAAAGAUUCCGCUGUCCUGAGGCUUUAUUUCAGCCUUCGGUCUUGGGAAAAGAGGAAGAGGGUAUCCACAAAAUGGUGCAAAAUUCCAUCAUGAAGUGUGAAGCAGACAUCAGACGUGAUCUGUUCGCUAACAUCGUUCUCUCUGGGGGAUCUACCAUGUUCCCUGGAUUCGCUGACCGCAUGCAGAAGGAAAUUUCCGCUCUUGCUCCCAGCAAUACAGAAAUCAAAAUUCUCUCUUCCCCGGAGAGGAAGUACUCCGUAUGGAUUGGUGGAUCCAUUCUUUCUUCCAUCUCUUCUUUCAAUACUUUGUGUAUCAACAAAGUAGAGUAUGAUGAAAACGGGCCAAGCGUUGUAAAUAAGAAGUUCUAA